AAAUAUACCUCCGCCAUGGCUAGUUUUAAAAACAUGAAGCCUGACGGUGAUACAAUAAGUAGUAGUGAUUCUAGUGAUGAAGACUUGUUUUUUGAUUCAGAAACCCUACAAGCGGAGUCGCCAAUUUUUUUUAACUCUGACUCCGGGAGACCAGAUAAUGCAAGUAACCUUGUGAGGGGAAAUAGUAUUGAAAAUUUAACUGCACGUAUAGAAGAACUUGAUUCAACUCUUGAAAUGGAUGAUACCCAGCGUAAAAGAAUAGAGGUUUUCCUUUGUCAAAAAGAAAAAAUUGGAGGAGAGUUUUCUGAUGAUGAUUUCGAAAAAUUGGGAGAACUUGGUUCUGGCAAUGGAGGUGUUGUUACCAAAGUCCGUCACAAGGGCAGUGGAUUAAUAAUGGCAAGAAAACUUAUUCACCUGGAAGUAAAACCUGCAAUAAAAAAACAAAUUAUUAGAGAAUUACGAGUACUGCACAAAUGCAAUUUCGCACAUAUUGUUGGUUUUUAUGGAGCAUUUUAUAGUGACGGUGAAAUUAGUAUUUGUAUGGAGUAUAUGGAUGCAGGAUCUCUCGAUCUAAUUUUGAAGAGAGCUGGCCGAAUCCCGGAAAAUAUUUUAGGUAAAAUAACAUUUGCGGUUCUAAAAGGGCUUAGUUACUUAAGAGACAAACAUGCAAUAAUGCACAGAGACGUGAAACCAAGUAAUAUACUCAUAAAUAGUUCAGGAGAAAUCAAAAUAUGUGAUUUUGGAGUAUCCGGUCAACUGAUUGAUUCAAUGGCCAAUUCUUUUGUUGGAACCAGGAGUUACAUGUCUCCAGAACGGUUACAAGGAACCCACUAUUCAGUACAAAGUGACAUUUGGUCUUUGGGACUCUCACUAGUUGAAAUGGCUAUUGGAAUGUAUCCAAUUCCUCCUCCAGAUGCAAAAACACUUGCAUCCAUAUUCGGGCCUCAUAAUGAUAGUGAUUCGCCAGAUCAUACUAAAGGACCCAGACCUAUGGCUAUAUUUGAACUCUUAGAUUACAUUGUAAAUGAACCUCCACCUAAACUGCCAUCUGGGAUCUUUACAGACGAUUUUAAGGAUUUUGUAGACAGAUGUUUAAGGAAGAAUCCGGAUGAAAGAGCAGACCUCAAAACUCUAAUGAAUCACGCUUGGAUCAGGAAAACUGAAUCGGAGGAUGUCGAUAUCGCAGGAUGGGUCUGCAAAACAAUGGAAAUUCACCCUCCAAAUAAAUAGCUACAAUUAUGUUUAAAUAUUUUUCUUACAUUAAAAAAACUCUAAUUAAUGAUUUAGUUAAAUGUUAUAUGAAGUAAAUAGAUGGUAAUACGUAAUAUCAGAACAUAUUCCAGUGAUAAACGUACCUAAUAUCUAAAAGUUGUAUAUUUAUUUUUUAAAUUUCACUUAGUUUACAUGAAAUAAAAUAUAAAUUGAAUAUUGAAAAAUA